GACAUAGAAAACAAAAGUAAAUAGAAAUCAAAAGUAAGAUUUAAGACAUUAUUUCCGUUAUGUCAACUAAAGAAACGACCAACCUUCCGCAUUGGGAGUUGGAGCGGAUGGACUACGAAGGAAUGACUCUUUUUAAGCACGACAGGGACCGGGUCGUCAACCUGGAGGUGUUUGACGAAGAUAUUUUCGUGUGUUCCUAUCCGCGAUCAGGUACAACACUGACCCAGGAAAUGACGUACUAAGUAUCUGAUUCAGACCCUCGACUUCGAGGCGGCAGGUUUCACCUUCCUGAACGAUCGCGUGCCCUGGCUCGAUGGCGUCAGUGAAAAGUUACCAACGUUCAGAAGUACGGUUGAAGUGUCGUCGACACAGUGUAUAUUAGGUAGCGAAACGGCGUCACUGCAAAGCUACCUUGUUUUAGAAGAAUGGAAUAGAGGCUAAACUACAUGACUACGUAAAGUUGCUUAACGUUCUUACUAUAACGUUUCUUAAAAGCAUUACGUGAAGGGUUACUGCAGGUAUUUUGAUUUUUUAAAUUCUAGCAUUCCCUGAUAAUUCAUCUGCCUUUUUGAUAUAACGAUUUUUUGGCUCUACUAAGAUGCCGAGUUUACGGAUCAAAUUGGGUCAAAUUAGAAGAGGUCAAAUAAGUGAGUUCUCAUCACUGGCUAAUGUGUUUUGAUAAUUACAUCACUUUAGGUCUAUUAAUAUUACAACUUCUAAGUGAAGUUCAUUUUAAACGCGUGGACGCGAUCCUGGAGCUACCAAGACCAAGAACGAUAAAGUGCCAUCUCCCGUACAGACUCCUUCCUACACAAAUCUUACAGGGCAAGGGGAAGAUUAUCUACACGUCUCGGAACCAUAAGGACGUGGUCCAGUCCUAUUACAGUGUAUUCUUGUGGGGAGACUACCUACACGACGAAACGACGGAUGGAUACGUUGACGCAUUCGUGCAGGGAAAUGUUCCAAUUGGUCUUUGGACGGACCACGUGCUCAGCUACUGGACCAAUCGGAACUGCAUAAACAUCCUGCUCUUGAAGUACGAAGAUACUGUGAAGGACAUGUCGGGCUGUGUUCGUAAAAUCGCCAACUUUCUGGACCGGAAGCUGACAGACGACGACGUCAUUCGGAUCACAGAAAACUGCGACGUAAACCGGAUGCGAGAAAACCCGAUGACAAGCCUCCAGUACAUGAAAAAGUACACGGUCAUGAGGGAGGGGGUAGGAACCUUCAUCAACAAAGGUAAGGCAGGCUACUGGAGGGAGGUGUUGACGCCGGAAAUGAGCGCCAAGAUAGACACCAUGAAGAAGCCGCUCGAAGGGACGGGACUCCAGUACGACUUUCAAUGAUCAAAAUACACAAAUACAACAUAUUAAAAAAAAGUGACCAUUUGAAACUAUUCAACAGCUGUAUAAUGAGGAAGAGUGUAUGUCAUGCAUUAAGGCCAAAUAACAACAACCUGUGUUUCCGGUAACCCGACCGACCCUAUUUUUUCCUCGCCGACCCUAAUCUGUUUUUAGACAUAAAAGUAAAUAAAAUAAAUAUUAAUUCUAUCGUAUUUUUAUAUACAUAUUUAAAAUGUAUCGUCAUUAUUUUCGUGGUUUGUCUUUCUAUGUCCCCGAAGAAUAAACUUUCAUUCCUUAUUAUGUAUUAUCGAGACGCUAUGUCAACAUGAAAACAAAAUGGCGGAGGGCGGCGAACCCUGUCCGAUAUCUUCAAAUAUAUUGGCGAACGCAUCUUUACGGUCCAAACACGUGGUUAAUCACAAGAGACAUAUUUUUCUGUCUUUAAAAUGAAAAUAUUUAGGAUUAUAGCUCGCGGUGUUAUUUAUUCAUGUCCAAAAUAAAACUUACUUUUUACGAUUAGGCUUUGCGUAUAUCAUGCAGGCUUCUUACGAUUAGGCUUUGCGAAUUCAUGCAGACUAACUGCCAGGUUCCAAUACACAUUUCAUUAAUCGUAACUUUAAUUUAUUCGCACUUAUCAAUGGUUAUUUAUUUCGCCUUAUAUUAAUAAGUCCCAUCAACUGAAAUCCAAACAAAAACCUUCGAUAGUUAACGACACAUUUGUUGGAAUGUGUCGGCUGCAGAUCAAAUAGUACAAUUUGUGACGUCAGAGCACGAGCGGUGAUAAUAUAAAAGGCGCGUGGCUAUGGUUUGUAUUUAAUUCGGUCAGUCGGAUACCGUAUGCUCCCAUUUGAUUGCCAGGAUUUCGCCUAGGCUGGUAAGAAAACACCAUACGAUCGAAAAAACAAUAAUCAAUACUCAUCGUCUGGGAAUCUUAUAACAAUGACCUAAAUGUUUGAAUUCAUUAUAAAUAUGAAUGAAACGUUGAUUAUACGAAAAUAGGAUAAGUAAAAAAAAUCCAUAUCCGCGUUUACUUGUUCUAUUUUUAACCUACCUCUACUUGAAGGCCUAGUUUAAGGAGCUCACAGUUGACAAGGAAAUCGGAGAUUUUUCUCAAGCAAUUAACAUUUAAAAUUUAGUUGAUAAUUGACUGUUUGGGUAGAACACUAUCACAGAUUUGAAGAAUUGAAGUGCUGAAUUUGUUCUAAAAACCGAUCGCGACUUAUAAACGAGUAUUGUAUACAAAAAAACCACCAGAUUUCAUGGGCAAAAUUGGCGGGAAAAUACGGUAGUCGAAGGUAAGGAAAUGAUUUCAGACUGUAAACAAUGCUGUUUUUCUCUGACUUUUUGUAAAUUAUGAAACGCUUAGAUAUAACAUAAUUGAUCUGAUUCAACAGAAAAUUGCAUGAUAUGGAAACUGUAAAAAAUAAAAAAAAAUCCCGACCGACCGACCGACCCUAUUUUUUUUUUGCCAUGUUACCGGAAACACAGGUAUUUAUUUUUUGGCCUAAUUUGUCUGAAAUUCUUGAGCAAUUUUUUUACAUUAAUUUUAUAAUACCAUUCAUUCGCCGUUUUUAAUGUACCAAAUAUAUAUAUGACUGUUGAUACAAACUGUAGAAUGUGUGCCCCACAUAUCUCAUUUAAUAUAUCACAUGGCAAGUAAUAUGUUUUAUUUUUACUGAAUGAUUUCCAUAAUUACAAAAUAGGUUGUACCUCGUAUUUUGAAUUUGGUUUGGAAAAAAAUCGGGAUCAAUUUUUUUAUAUAAUACAUCAAGUGUUGAGAUCUAUUUGAAC